CAUUUCGCGUUCAUAACACAUCAGUCACAAAAACUCACUGCAACAACAAACCACAACAAUCACAAAUCUAUAUAUACACCUAUACAUACAUAAGAGAGAGAAACUAGAAUCAUUGAAAAAUUUGUAGAGAGAGAGAGUGAGAUAGAAAAACCCUUUUGACUAUUAAGCCCCCUUUUCACAUUGGACUCUAGUGCUGUGAUCGGUUCUCUCUCUGUGAUCACAGAUCUUUUUUUCCUUUUCCUGAUUCAGAUUCGAAUACCCUAUUGCGUUUCUCUUACUGGGUCUUGAUCAUUUCCCAUAAAGUUUCGUUUUUGAAAACUGGGUUUUUCAUAAUUUGUUCAAUUAUGCUGAAUUCAUCACUCUCGUUACUUAUGAACUAAUAUGGAACUUUUCAUAAUCCAACAACAACAACAAAAACACCGACAACAACAAUAAUAACAUGUCGUUUUACAUUGGUCGAGAGGCUUCUAAGUUAUGGAAGAGAAUUUGCUCAGAGACAACUGUUGAGAUCAACCUUCUUGCUGAGAAUUGGAAGUAUCUUCUAGUUGGCCUUGUUUGUCAGUACAUACAUGGUUUGGCGGCCCGAGGAGUUCAUUAUUUUCAUAAGCCCGGCCCUAUUCUGCAAGAUGUUGGAUUCUUCCUUCUUCCGGAGCUCGGACAAGACAAAGCUUACAUCAGCGAAACACUGUUCACCACAAUCUUUAUAUCCUUUGCCUUGUGGACGUUCCAUCCUUUCAUAUUGAAAAGCCGAAAGAUUUACACCGUUCUUAUAUGGUGCCGAGUUCUAGCAUUCUUAUUCGCUUCUCAAAUUCUUCGCAUAAUUACAUUUUAUUCUACACAACUUCCCGGUCCAAACUACCACUGCCGUGAGGGUUCUAAACUCGCCACAUUGCCCCGUCCAGAUAACAUUCUCGAAGUACUCGUGAUCAACUUUCCGCAUGGCGUGCUAUAUGGAUGCGGUGAUUUAAUAUUUUCGUCACACAUGAUCUUUACUCUUACUUUUGUGCGCACAUAUCAGAAAUAUGGAACCAGAAGAUCCAUAAAGCAGCUCGCGUGGCUGCUUGCCGUGAUUCAGAGUCUUUUGAUAGUAGCAUCUCGCAAACAUUAUACGGUUGAUGUAGUUGUUGCCUGGUACACUGUAAAUUUGGUGGUAUUUUUUGUUGACAAGAAAUUGCCAGAAUUGCCGGACCGGUCGAUUGCAGCUUCAGCGGCCCUGCUGCCAUUAAGCAACAAAGACAAAGACAAAGACGGUAGGAACAAAGAGGAGAACUACAAGCUAUUGAAUGGAAAUUCCGGUGACCCUGCGGAUCGAAGACAAAGAUCUCAAAUAAACGGCAAGAUCACUGAUGACGGAAAUACACACCAUACCGACUCUUCCAUGAACAGUGCAUAGAUAAAGGAUCGGAUCGCCUUUAUUGUACAAAAUUGGACCUACUGCAAUCUUGCUGCUGGAAAGCUUCAGCGUUCGAUUAGAAGAUCUUGUAGCUUCUCAAACUUCACAUAUCUGAAGUCAAACCAGUACCAAGAAUUGUAUUAGUGAAAGUUAAAUCUAGGUUCUGCUUUUUCAACAUUGUGCAAACCUAUCAAUUCCUCUUAUCAAUGUUGAGAACAUGUUCAUAGCC